UCUGCCCCUACAGUCAGGCGCUUUCGAAUCUACAUAUCAUUUCUGGCCAGAAAGUUGACGUUUCCAGCUCAGUUAAGACGUCUCUAGACAGAGUAUCAAAAAUUCAUUUUAAAAUAUUUGUAUAUUUUAAGCUUUUUUAUAUUGUCUGUAAACAAAAGAAAAAUUUUAUUUUCGGAAACAAUUUUUGAUACCUCACUCAUUACCUGGAAGGCGGAUCUUAGCGAUGGCGGACGACGACGACGCCCAGUUUGACACCGUGGACUCGGGGGCUUCUAAGACCUUCCCCAUGCAGUGCUCGGCUCUGCGCAAGAAUGGAUUCGUGAUGCUGAAGGGUCGCCCCUGCAAGAUCGUCGACAUGUCUACCUCGAAGACUGGAAAGCAUGGCCACGCCAAGGUCCACCUGGUGGGGGUCGACAUAUUCACCCAGAAGAAGUACGAGGACAUUUGCCCCUCGACCCACAACAUGGACGUGCCUCAUGUGAAGCGCGAGGACUACCAGCUAACUGAUAUCAGCGACGAUGGCUUCGUAACCCUGAUGUCGGACAACGGAGAGAUUCGGGAGGACCUCAAGGUGCCAGAGGGUGAGCUGGGAGGGACCUUGCGUUCCGAGUUCGACGAGGGCAAGGACCUCCUCUGCACCGUGCUGGCGGCCUGCGGCGAGGAGUGCGUCAUCGCCAUGAAGACCAACAGCGGCUUGGACAAGUAACCAGGUAUAAUAAGGGACCAGUUAUACCAAGCAAUGUAUAGAGGAGCGGCAAAUAAAUGGAUCAUCUGAGUA